AUGUGCAAAGAGUUGUAUAUGUAUCAUAGGUCAUGCGGCGGCGAUGGCACCAAGUCAUGCAUCUGUGAUAAAUCAUGUCCGUACUACGAGCCCUACUUCGCAAGUACUUGCGACUCCACUUGGUUAAGAGGAGAUGAUCGUAAUCUUUGCAAGGAUUGUCCACGCAGAGCCAUGGAUGACCAACGAAAUAAGAAGGGGGAGAUUGUGCCCAUCGCCGCGUGUCACAAAUGUCCCGGACAUGAAAAUCAUAUGAAAGGCGCUGAUUUACCAAAAGCCGAUCCUAAUCAUCGGUCAGCAUUAUCGAUGAGAGCAAUGGAACGUAAGAGCAAAUUUGAACGUACAACGUUUCCAGCAAAAAAAACUCCAGCAAAAGCUCUGGUGAGAGCGCCAGAAUUUACAGAGUACCUUGAGAAAAUUUUGGCAAAAAAGAUGUAA